AUGCCAGUUCCUGUUGCGAAGAUAUGGCUGAAAGAUCCAGAAACACUUGAAUACGCGAGAAUCAUGAUUCCGAAACCAUUUUAUACUAAUUGGAUAACAGGAGUGAACGAAAUAGUCACAGCAUUGUUACAAUGCAUGGGAUAUGCAUGGACAGCGAUGAUGCCGAGUAUUGUGAGAGGAAUUUUCUACAUUGUUUACUCAUUAAUUUUAUAUUACACAAAUAAGACUAAUUCUAUAAGAAUGAUAUAUACAUAUUGUUUGAAUGAUACAACUAUACUUUUGUUAGAUAUUAUUAUUGUUAUCAAACCUCUCAAAGAACUAUUUAUACAACAUUCAAAAAUUGAUGAAAAAGAAAGUAAAAAGAAUGAUAUUACAUCUCCUGGAUCUGAUUUAGUAGGUCUCACGGUUUGA